AUGAAGCAAACAGUCGACGGCGUGGAAGAGUUUUUGCCCGAAGAGCAAGUUUCCGAGGUGAAUUCGAUAUAUAUUCCUGUGCGUCGAUGAAAAAAUCAUUUCAGUACGGCGACGCCUUCAAAGCAGCUUGCGAGUCUUUGGCCAUCACUCUGGAAGUUCUCAACUCCCCAGGUAACUCCUUGUUGCUAUUUACAAGAUUGUAGAGCCAUUUCUGGAACCUCUUCGAAAUAUCAUUACUUCAAGUCCAUUCUUUAAAGUUACUAUGUCUUUAGGGUUCGCAGAUCGCAGCACUUGGAAUUUGGACAGCGAGAACGAACACGUCCGCGUCUUCUACAAAGACAUCGACGGCAAACGGUUUUUUGUUGCACGGGUUGGUCUAACAAGGCUUUUCGUGAAUAGGAAAGACUUGUAGACAGCCAUCCCACUGUCUUGUGCUGAAGGAUUGCGAAUGACCUGGGAAGGGAUCACGAGUAUGAACGAGUGGAACGACAACAUUCGCUUCAGUCGUGUCCAUGCUCAGAUUUCUGAGCAUCUCGACAUUGCGAACGUGAGAUCAUAGUUCAAUCUUCCUCACUAGGAAUAUUAUUCAGUACGCUUCCAACAAAAAGUUCAUGGUUGGAAGUCGCGAAUUCAUUGUUGGUCGUAUGAUGCGGGAGACAGCAGAUGGACGGCAUAUAAUCUCGGCGCGGUCUUGUACCGUCGCGUCGCACAAACCGGACCCAGAUGCUGUCCAGUGAGACUUUCUUUCAAUUGAAAGAGCCUAGCCAUUCAUUCCACAGGGCCUACCUGCACUUGGGCGCCGGAGUGUACACGGCGGAUCCGACUAAUCCUAGCGGUGCUAUUUACGAGUAUAUCCUGUGCAUGGAUCUCAAAGGAAUGCUUCUCCGAAGCGUGGUCAACCAAGUAAGCGCAGCCGAAACGACAAGAAAAAAUAAAUAUUUUCAGGUUAUGGGCAAGCUCGUCCUUUCCGACGUUGAGAACAACCGUCUCCAUACUCAGAAACUCUUUCAGAACCGGUGCUAA